UCAAGAUGGCAGCGACCUUGUGUAGCAGGCUUCUCCCAAAAUCGGUCACUAUGAAGCUAUAUUGUGGAACUGGACAGCAUAAUCAUCAUCUAUCAGAGAAUACGCAACUCAUAUUUGAGGUGCUUGGCAAUGAUGGCUGGCUGCCAUUAAGCCAGAUUGUUCGUCACGGAUCCAAAGCUGUCACUUGUCACAGAAAGCCAGUACACUUUCUCAAGCAGAAGCUGAUGGCUGUCACAGAGUACAUUCCCCCAACACCUGCAGCUCCUCCUGGUGCUCUGGCUCCACGAGUCAGGCAGACUGAAGAGGAAAGUGCUCUGGCAGUUUUGUUGAGAAAAUACCUAGAAACCUUGUUUAAGGAAUUUAAGAUGAUUGCCAUGGUUCAAAACAAUGCAAUCAAUGCAGAGGACCUCAUGGUGCUGAAACACAAACUGAAAAGGCACAAUAUCAGUGUCAAGUUCUUCCCAAACCAUGUGACGAGGUCCUUUCUCAGCAACAGCAUUUACAGUAACAUGUGGCCUCUAUUUGUUGGCCAGACUGUGAUAAUUGUUAGUAAAGAGCCAAAAGUUAAAGAGAUGCUGCAAACGUUAAGGCACAGUCCUCAGAUGGUGCUUUUAGGUGAGUGUCACUGUCCUAUGCAUGAACUUGCAUUCUUAAAGGAAUAGUUCACUCAAAAAUGAAGCAUUUCUGAAAAUGUACUCACCC